AUGGCUGUAAUAUCAUCUGGAGGCUUCCAGAGGAAAAACAUGGAAACCGUGGUGUCGAGGGAUCGCCCGUACGGAGGUUGUGUCGCAUUUGUCAAAGUCUCGCAGUGUGCGCCCCCGGUCCUGAGCUUGUUAGCCGCGGUCAGGCAAUUGCGGGAGCGCGCGCUGCAAAAUGAACAGACGUCGCUCUGGAGGGCAUUGUGCCGCCUCUGUGGGGCUCCCCGGCCUCCGGCUCCACCGCUGAGGCCCGCGCUAAUGACGGCUCGCUCCUCCGGACUGAUGUGGAUUAAACAGAGAGAUGAGGCCUCACCGUCCUAUGGAAAGUCCUCGCCGCUGUCCUGUGUGUCCGGGGGAAUAUUUCACAGCCGCACCGGCUCUGGCUUGGGGCUCCUAUCAACAGACUCUUGGUGGACUCUGAAAAGCCCGCCACCAGAUCACUUCCCCGGGCUGGUGAACAGAGCCCCCCUGCCCAGCGCCCCACGCCUUGCUUCCCCUGCCUCUCCUGAGGGCCUGGGACUGUCAUCACGGGGGUGUUGGCUGGAAGUGGGUAUUUUGAAAGAUCUAGAGAAGCGUAUUACAGAGAAAUUGUUUCCUCUGACCCUGAAUUAUUAUGAUGGAACAGAGGAUCCCUGCCUCUCCCAGCCGUGCUAUAAUCACGGGACGUGCGUGGACACGGAACGGGGAUACCUGUGCCGCUGCACCGAAUUCUUUACCGGAUCAAACUGUGAGAAAGCCAUUCGGCCGUGUAAAAAUACCACAUGUCUCAAUGGCGAGUGCGUCCUAAAGAAGUUGGUUCCUUACUACAAGUGUCGAUGCCAUUACCCCUACCACGGACUGUCCUGUAACUUAGUUGAAGAAGUCUGCAAGCAGAACCCGUGUAAGAAUGGAGGAACCUGUGUGGUGAAGGAGCAAAACAAGUUUGCCUGUGUUUGUACCAAGAAUUACAGAGGGAGGUUUUGUGAAAUAGAGUCAAAUGGCUGCUACAGAAGCAAUGGAUUUCGAUACCGUGGCUUUGUCAGCCGCACGGAGAGUGGAUACAACUGCCUCCCCUGGGACUCUUACCAUUUGAGUACCGAGCAUGUCAAUGCCUUCACUCCAGACAUCUGGCAGGACGGAAUUGGGGAGCACAACUUCUGCCGGAAUCCGGAUGGAGCAGAGAAACCAUGGUGCUACUACCUGGGUGAGAAGAAGAAACUGAGAUGGGAAGUAUGCGAAGUUGCCGCCUGCCCUGGGGUUUUGCGCCCUAACGUCACCGCGACCGUGAAGCCGCCUAAAACCACGACCAUCCCCAGAACAACAGUGAAGGUGAAUGCUUCGUUCUCCACAUGUGGGAUGAGAGAGUUCCCUACAAGCACCCGUGGCAGGAUCAUCGGGGGGAAGAGGACGCAACCAGGAAAUCACCCGUGGUUGGCAUCGCUGCAGCUGAAGGGGUCCUCUGGCAACUAUCCCUCCGGUCACCUGUGCGGUGGAACUCUGAUAGCCGAGUGUUGGAUUCUGACGGCGGCCCAUUGCGUGAAACCAUUGUUGCUGCCGAAUCUCUGGAGGGUGUUGCUGGGAAAAUCUGACAUAAAGAAGAACGAGAGCUCGGAGCAAGCCCUGGAGGUGGAGAAGAUCAUCGCACAUAAAGACUUUGUGGAGGGGACGUACAGCCUGCACAAUGAUAUCGCUCUCAUGAAACUGAAGAAAGUGAAAGGCAAAUGUGCCAGGGAGACGCGCUUUGUGAGGACGGCGUGUUUACCAGACUGGGAAUUUCCACCAGGAAAGAUGUGCGAUAUCGCCGGGUGGGGGAGGUCGGAAAAAGGUUACUCUGCCAACUUGCUCGAAGCCUCCGUCCAGGUCAUCCCUGAAGCCAACUGCUCCGACCCCACAUUUUAUGGAAAAUUCAUUGACAAGAGUAUGCUGUGUGCCGGAGUUCCUGAAGGGGGCGUUGACGCUUGUCAGGGUGAUUCUGGCGGUCCCCUAGCCUGUGACCGGGACGGUGUGGCCCAAGUCGUCGGCGUGGUUAGCUGGGGAGAAAAGUGCGGCCUUAGAACCAAGCCGGGGGUCUACUCCCACGUCUACAGAUUCCUCCCUUGGAUCCAGGAGAACAUCAAGGCAAACCCAUAG